GCGGAGGGACGCGGCGGAGGGACGGGCGCUGCGCGUCCCGCCAUGUAACGCGGCGCCGCUGCCCUUCGCUGCUCGCCCGGCUCCUCCCGCCCGGGAUGGGGGCCCGGCGCCCGGCCCGCCGCGGGGGUGCCCGGACAUGACGGGCGGCCGGCGGAGCCGCUCCAGCACCUGCGCGCCGCGACGGCACCGCGACUACCGGGGACCGGCGGGGCUCCUCCUCGCUUACUGCUAUGGACAGUGCUAUCACCCUGUGGCAGUUCCUCCUCCAGCUCCUCCAAGAGCCUCAGAACAAGAAUAUCAUCUGUUGGACCUCCAACGACGGGGAGUUCAAACUGCUGCAGGCAGAGGAGGUGGCCAGACUCUGGGGAAUCCGCAAGAACAAGCCCAGUAUGAACUAUGAUAAACUCAGCCGUGCUCUCAGAUACUAUUAUGUGAAGAAUAUCAUUAAGAAAGUGAAUGGGAAGAAGUUUGUGUACAAGUUUGUUUCUUAUCCAGAGAUUUUAAAUAUGGAUCCACUUGUCGUGGGCCGGAUAGAAGGAGACCCCGAAAUGACUGGUUUUGCAGAAGUUAGCAGUGCUCCAAAGGAUGUGGAAAACUGUGGGAAGGAGAAGGCUCAGUCCUGUGCUAAAUCCUCCAGCCGCAAUGACUAUAUCCACUCAGGCUUGUACUCCUCUUUCACUCUGAACUCCCUCAACUCUUCCAGCGUCAAACUCUUCAGGUCCAUCAAGAUUGAGAAUCCAGCUGAGAAACUGGCAGAGAAGAAACCAGCUCAGGACCCAACACCCUCCGUCAUCAAGUUUGUGACCAUGCCCUCCAAAAAGCCUUCCUCUGUCCCCCUGGUCUCCACCACUUCCACGGUCUCUGUCACUUCCACUGCUUCUGGCACUUCAACUGCAUCCUCCCUUCCCAUGGGAUCAGAAGACACUCUCCAGACCUUGGAGACCCUCGUUCUACCCAAGUUAGCCGUCCCGGAAGCUCCAGCCCCUUUGCCAAACCUAACCACCAGCUUCACCCCAACGCCACCCAUAUCCUCAGUGUCUCCCAGUCUGCAGGUUCCUUCCACGCCCCCGUCACCACCCCUGAGCUCUAAUCCUGACCUGGACAUUGACACGGACAUCGAAUCCGUGGCUUCUCAGCAGCUGGAGCAGGCUCAGAGCCUUCAGCAUCAAUCCCCAGAGCCCAAAGAGCAGGAUUCAUCUGUGCUGGAGAAGGAAUUUGCCAAUCACCUCUCCAGAUCCAAAAAACCCAAAGGGCUGGAGUUGGCUCCUACUCUUGUCAUUACAGGCAGCGAUCCAAGUCCGCUGGGGAUUCUGAGUCCUUCUCUCCCAACUGCUUCUCUUACUCCAGCACUUUUCUCUCAGACUCCCAUCUUGCUGACCCCCAGUCCCUUGCUCUCCAGCAUUCACUUCUGGAGCACGCUGAGCCCCGUUGCUCCUCUGAGUCCUGCCAGGUUGCAAGGUGCUAACACGCUCUUUCAGUUUCCAUCAGUGCUGAACAGUCAUGGCCCAUUUACUCUGUCUGGACUGGAUGGACCCUCUACCCCUGGCCCGUUUUCCCCUGAUCUCCAGAAGACAUAGCACAUGAACUCACGGGAAGGACAGAUUGGCAAGCAAGGGAAAGAUAGGACACUUACAUGAAACCAUGUUUUUUAAAUGAGCAAUUUGUAAUUCCACAGAGAUUAUCAACAGUUAUCAUAGUUUUUGCCAUUCCCAAAUCAAAUGCCUUUUUUGCAAAAUUCCCUUUUUUUGAAGACCCAGGUUGGGAAUGUAUAUGCAAACGCCUUAAUAGGAGCUGAAGCUCCAGUCUCUUCUCUUCCCUCCUCUCAUUGGAAGACUUCCCUAUGGUUAAAGGGAGUUUUGGUUGGUGUUGCAGUAACUGAGUCUGCACUGACUGCAGUUAAGCAGUAUCAGAGAAGUCUUUUUCUCUGGGACUUUUGGAAAAACCCUCUGUUCUUCUGCUUCCUGUGCUUGGCAAGAAGAAAUCUAAUCAUGAUCGAAGCUGGCAUUCCAGGAAAUGCUUGGGAAAGGGGUGUGUGCACUCAGCUUUGCCUUGGGGCCCGAUAACUUCUGCAGCAACAGAACAGCCCGCGUCUUUUCUGCUGUAAAAACACCUUGUCUUUUUGCAGGGAGAAAUUUUCAAGGAAUAUUGAAAUCUCUCAGUGUUACUGAGAUUCGGACAAUUUUCCAAUGGCAUUGAGUACCCACAGGCCAGCUCCUCGGAGAAGUGAGCUGGAUAGCUUCUGGAUGCUUCUUCCCGCCCUCCCUUCAGUGAGGAGGCAAGAUCCGGAGCCAAACGAACGGUGGGAUUAGAUGCUUUCAGUUCUCAGAAGGUUUGAAUGCUGAAGUCCAAACAUUUCUUGUGCCAGAGACCUGUUACAAAGCCUGUAAUCUCACUGCUAGAAGACCACCAGGCUGGUGGAUUUUACACGCAGUCUUGAGGGUGUAUCUGGAUUUGGUGAGGUUGCUGCCUGAUGCUUGAGUUUCAGCAGACCAGCAGUGGGUGAGAACACUAACGUCUGAGCAUUAACGUUACUGCUCUUUCCCCACAGUUGAAGUGGAGAAGCUCCUCUUCUACCGGCUCUUAUUUCAAGUUUUGCAUUAGAUCUGUUGCUUUUUUCACUCGAGGAAGCACUCAGAUCCAAAAUGAGUUCAGCUCAGUGUGUGCAGCUAGCUGAGAGGGGUACCACGGCCUAUCAACCUCAGCGUAAAUUUCUGCUUGGGCUUCUUUUCUUGAUGGCCACGUGUGUAUGGAUUAAUCCAAGAUUAGUGUCCAGAGCCAUUUGAAACACGGGUGAAAUGGAAUUUGUAGUUAGAUUUCUACACCUCAGGAGGCCUUUUAAGAGAAUAUUUAAGAGGAAUCAGAGAAGAGAGGCUCUCCUCUCACAGCCCCGCAGAGGCUGGAUGUUGUGGUCUGUUGGUGUGGGGUGAUGUGCCCUUCUACUCUGGGCAUCUGAUGUCAGGCAGCAACCUCUGUUUGUGUACACUGAGUUGGUGACUUAAGAUGAUCUUCUCUGUGAAGUACCUGCUAGAAAACGGAUGCUGACCAUCUCUUUCCUUUGGCUGUCUUCAAAGUUCUGAUGAGCAGAGGAAGAUUGUACCUUUACACAAGAGGAGCUGACAGCGUACGCUGUAUAUAUUGCACCCAUCUUCUGCAGAAGUGGUGAACUCGAGCUUUCCAGUUUUCCUUUUGCCACUUUUGCAGGCUCUGAAUUCACUUUAAAGCAUAUGACAAUACCCAAGACUUUACUGCAGUGACGUUAUCUUUCUAUAUUCUAGCAUUGAAACCUGGAAACCACUUGGUGUGUUCCUGACAUAACACCCGGGGCAGGGGGGGUGAGGGAGUUGCUUUUUGGGCAUUGUUCAUCCUGAAAGUCCCCUGCCUGUGGGAGGUGGGAGGAAGGAGGUGGAGGUAGCAGGGAGUGAGCUCAUGUGGUGAACUGUCUUCCUGUUCAGUUACGUCAGAGGCAUAAUACUGCUUCGCAUUUAGACAUCAGCAGAUGCAGGAUGAAGUUCCUGUGCCAGCAGCUCUUCAGAUGACAAUGUGCAAUAUUGACCUUUUUUAUUUUGAAUGCAGAAAGCAAGCUGCAGAUCUUAACUAAGAGCAGGCACCUGGAAUUCUCUGGUUUGCAUGAUGGCUUGUGAGUCUGCUCUAGAAAAUAUAUAUAUAGCUAUGUAUAAAUAGCAGCACUUUUAAUGGUUGUUUUAGGCUGGCCAAUUUUAUUGCCCACCAAGCGUGAGCAACAUUGCAGACUAGGAUUAGAGUUUAAAACAGAAUUAAUGAGCACUAAAGACUUGCAAUUUAAUUGCUUCCCUUUCCUUGUCCCCUAUGGAGAAAAGCCAAGUUUAUUUGUUGUGUAUGUGCACACAUGCACUUAAUUGUGUGUAAACUUUAUCACUUUCAGCAUAGGUAUGCAGGAGAUCCAAGUGCUAACGUAGCUUGUUCGUUGUGCUUGGCCUGGUUUCAUGCUCUUCUCCUCGUAGCUUCCUAAGAUCCCUCUGUGUAGCUGGUUGGAGAUACACAUUCACCUCUGGGAAUGCCAUCUUAGAGGAAAUGACUAUGAAAAUGCAGCCUGUAUGUGUUGUUUUCAGUCUGAAAUACCCAGCUUCCUCACAAAUAGCACUGAGAAGAGGAUUGCUUUUGCUUCUUAAGCACCUGCCUAGGAAAAUACGGGAUUAUAAUCUCAGGAGGCAGUUGGGAAAGCACAUAGAGAGGGAUGGGGAGGUGGGAGAGGAGCAGCUUGCCGCCUCUUCUCCAUUACAACUUUCAGGUCACUUAAGAUAAUAUUAUCUUGUAUAUAUGCUGCCUCAUUAAGCACACAUUUACUAACAAUUGUAUAAUUGUCAGCUUUUUGGGAUCACAUUCCUGUGACUUCUUGGAGCUUGGUUCUGUGCAUUGCUGGUACUCCACUAGCUCGCUUCAGGAGCAGUUUGCAGCUCGUUGCAACUUGUUUUUCAUGUAGGGAAGGCUGGGGUUAAUAUUGGCUCUCUUGAUUAUCAUGGUAGCAGCGUGUAAUAUGGGUCUAGCACUGUGUUGGUUUAAAAACAUCAUAAUGCAGCAUUACAGAAACAUCUUACAGCUCAUGUUGCUGAAGUAGCCAUGGCGUUGCUGAGUGCUUGGUAAUACUUGCUUGGUUAAUUUAUCAGCGGUGGUAGAAUUAGACUGGAUGAGCAUGGAAGCUGAACAUCUGCCUUGCUUCUGGAAAUCUCUUUUACGUGUCACUGCUGCUGCAUAAUAGUACUGCAGGGUUAGAAAGCUUGCACUGCUGUUGCUGUGCGUGCCGUGUCAUGCUUUGUUUGAGAUCCUGAGCUGUCAGGAUGCCACCAGCAACACGUGCUGCAGGCAGAAACCAUCCAUGGGAAGCAGAAACGUGUUAAUAAUACCCGGUGGUUGUAGAACCCUAUUUGUUCUGUCUCACCUCUUCUCAGAGGACGUGAUCCCAGUGAUGAGGGUGAUGGAGGCAAGUUCUGGGUUUGUUUUCUUAACAGCAGCUUAAGUCUAGCUCCUUGUUUCAGUGAUCAGUCUUCAGCAGAGAUGCUGAAUGUGGUUCCCAUGCACUGGCUUUGGCACAAUCAAGUUGCAUUUUGCAGGAGGUCAGGAAGUGAUAAAAUUCCUUGAAUUUGAGAAUUCAUUGUUUUAACUUAGAGCAUCCUAAGGCUUCAGUAUCCAUUUGGUGUAAUGGAGUGUGCAUUGUAAUAUGAAAGGCUUUGGCUGUUCAGUGGUUUGUUUGGGAUAAUUUCUCCCUUUCCUGUGUUUUCCAACCUCAGAUAUCUGGCUAAUAGAUUCUUCUGGGUUUUCAUGGUGUUCAUUUGAAGCACAGUGAAGGCUGCUUCUGCACACAUCUUCCUUUACACAGCUUUUAGAAAUGCAGCGAGCUGCACUGAUGUCAGAUUCCCUCACGGCUUCAGCUUUCACGUGAGAACUUCUGCAGGUUGAGAGCAGUGAAAGAGCCAGCCUGGAGCCUUGAUGCAGUGUCUCAGGUGAGCACAGGCCCAGUUCUGAUCCACUUCUAGUGCUGAGGUCGGAACCCCCAGUUCUGACCAUCUGUUGGCUACCCCAUGGUUUCUUCAUGUAUCUUUUAGUUACCUUUUGCUACUGUUUUAUAGCAUUUUUGUAUGUACUCUUGUUUUACUAUACUAUUUAACCUCUUCCAUUUUUAAUGCAUAUUUGUUUACAAGACACAUCUCAGUGUUGUAUCAAGAGGCUAUCUUGGUAUUGUCAGCUAUGAAAAUAAACUACGUCAGUAGUUAAGGAACAUUGUCAAAGGUGACAGGUAUUUUAAAACUUGAUGUUUUGAGCUUUGGGUCUCCAUAACAAUGUUGUUCUGUUUCAUUCCUUAGUUCUCCUGUGUAAGAACUACACGUACCUUCUGGGUGCUGAGGUCCUGGGUGUGGAGAGAUUCAGUUUGUCUUAAGAAUCAUGGAGCAUGGUGUUACAAACCAACAGCCCAAGCCCCACGGGCUCUUACACUCAGCAGAUAAGUCGAAAAUCCAUUACAAUUGCAAUCAUGAAGCUCUUUGGGAUGAUUUAACGGGGUCUGGUAUCUCUUGCCUAAACAGGACUUUUUAUGGUUUGAUUUGAAUUUAAUUCAACAGUAAUGGGCAAUGGCUGCUGUUCAGGCUGAGUUAAGCAGAGCUGCUUAAUGCAGAAGCCUUUGGCUAUUGCUGCCGAGCUGAGUGGUGGUUAAUGUGUGCCAUGCUGCAGCUGAUGGGCUGAAAUCAGCGGCCAUCAGAUGGAGAUUAAAAGAUAGAUAAAAAGGCAGUGACACAGUUUUACACAGUCCUUCAGGGCUGUUACUCCUGGCUCAACAUCUGUGGACACUCCAUUCCACUGGCUAGUACUGACUGUGCAGGGGCCGUUGGGAAAAGCUGAUUCCUGACAGAGGAUUUUUGACAGGAAAACCAACUCUUUUCUCCAUAGCCUGUGAUAGGCACAAGGUUGUAACAGAGGAGCCACGACAGCGCUGCCCUGUUUCUGCAGCCUGUGUUUAGCAUCAACAGACCCUCUGUCCAAAUGUCCUGGCUGUC